AUGUACCUUCACUGCAGUUCAACCACCAGCGAUGGUCUUAAUGCGCUUUUAAUAGAUCGAAGUUUGACGCUUUUGACUGAGACGGAGCUCAAGCAUCUUCACAAUGUCAAUGCACGGCUGUGGGACUUAUCCUUCCAACCAACUCCUGGUGUUACUCAGCCAUUUGUUACAAUUCCUUUUCAUUCUCCAGGCUCCCCAUCGCAACCCACCACGUCGCCACCGUCAUGGACCCAGCAGGCUACUGGUAUUACUGAGUUGCUAAAUGAAUGCAACAAGCUGUAUGGCUAUGGUUUUGCGUCCGUAUCAGAAGGAGAAACUCCCGUCUCGUCGCCAUUAAGACCUCUAGAGCAAGUUAUCUCGAAGGGCCGCGACAAGUCAAGGCUGGUAGAGGAUUAUUAUGCCCCGAGUGUCGCUCUUAUACUAGCAAUCGCUCCUAUAACAUGA